AUGUCACUUGCGCCUAACUUGAGUGAUUUUGAAGGACGCCUAAGGAAUGUCGAGGCAGAAUGUACGCGCUUCGCCGAGCAUGAGCAAAGACUCCGUAACCUGGAACAACGCGAAAAGGAACUGACGGCACAAUUGUCUUCUAUCGCAGAAACAAUCUUCACAAAAGAUGGUCAUCUGCAAAAUAAGAGGCAAGCAUUGGCCGAGGGUACGGAAGUAGCUUUCUUCGCUGAGGUUGGCGCCUCAGUAGAACACCUUGGGCAGAAUCAACCAAUCGUAUUCGACAAGGUCAUCACCAACAUUGACUCAACGAAUUCGGUCGGCGGAUACAGUCCUACCUCGGGAAUAUUUACAGCCCCUGUCGAUGGACUUUACCUAUUCUCGUCAACAAUAAUGGGCUUGCAAGACCACAGCCUACACGCCGUUCUCUACAAAGACAACACCGCUGUAGCUACUUUGUUCGUGCACGGUAGCUCAGGUCACGACUGGGAUUCGUCUUCGGCAACUGUCGUCUUAUCAUUGCUCAAGGGCGAAACAAUGUCAGUAAAGCAUACCGACGCUGGUGACCAUGCCGUAGCCGGCAUGUUCCUCGGUGGCCAAUCUCUUUUCUCUGGAUUCCUGAUCGCUCAGCAUUACCGGCCCGAGACGCCUGUUGGCUGA